AUGUCAGGCAAAGACGUUACACUUUGGACUCACGAAUUCGCGCCGAACGGAUGGAAAGUGGUAUGCGUCUUGAACCUAUUAGGUUUGUCGUACGAAUCGAAGUACGUCGAUUUCAGCAAGCAGGAACAGAAAUCCGAGGAACAUCUCAAGCUCAACCCGAACGGGCGCAUCCCGACGCUCAUUGACCACAAGAACGGCGAUUUCGUUGUCUGGGAGUCCAAUGCUAUCUUGCUCUACCUCGUCGAUACGUAUGACAAGGAGCAUGAGAUCUCCGUCACCGGUUUGGAUCGGUUCACCUUGAACCAGUGGCUCUUCUUCCAAGCAUCUGGACAAGGGUUCCACUCCGAGAAGAUCCCGAGCGCGGUCGAGCGAUACCAGAAGGAGAUUCUUCGCGUCUUGGGCGUUCUCGAGAGUGUGCUUUCCAAGCGAGAGUGGUUGGUCGGCGGAAAGAUGACCAUCGCUGACAUCUCUUUCGUCCUCUGGAACGAAUGGGCUAUCUGGGCGUUCCCGACGUUGGACCCGGCCAAGAACAUAGAGCUCGACAUGCCUCGAGAUUUCCCUGCUGUGGAUGCCUGGCACAAGAAGAUGACCGCCUUGCCAGAGAUCAAGGAGCCCCUUGCAGAGAGAGCCAGGAACCUGCUAGCUUUCCGAGCACGCCUGGGCCAGUGA